GCCUACUGGCUUGACUGGCUUAAGCAAAGCAUUCUCUAGAAAGAAGCGUAACGGCGUCAAACCAUCCCAUCGCUCCCUGGCACAUUGUUCAGUUAUAAGGAAAGCCAUUCAACAAAUGGAGGCACUCGGAAUGUGUCAGAAACGUGAAAAUGGGUAAGCUGAACACUUGUCAUACAUGCGAUCUUGAGAUGAAAUAAACCGUCACGAGGUUAGAGUAAUAAAUAAACACCUCCAGUUCAAUUUUUUAACUGGCAUUUAGGGUAUUGAACAGUAGCCCGUCCUAAUUGCUUCUAUUGCUGUAUGCGCGGAAGCACCGGUCACUAUGUAAAUUUUCAAACAUAGCAAUUACAGUGAUACAUUUUUAAAAGAGCGCUGACUGUAGAUUAUACCCGUGGUAGAUUUUGAGAACACAUGUAAAUUUGAAAUGCCUGUUAAUAUAUGCGCUUUUACUAGCUUCAGCAUUUUUGUAAGCGUCUGUCUUUUAGCACUGAAAAGACUCAAUGUGGAAAUAGGCAAUUAUAAUGUAUUAGAAAUGCGUGGUCCUGAUGAACUCGGUUCUACUGAAUAGGUGAUUUUCAAUUAGGUUGUCGACUUGUAAGGUUUUAAAUCCACGGGUCUGUCGAAAAAACUAUUGCUUCGGUGAAAUAAGUAUUUCUUGUAAGUUGAUAUACGUUUGUGCGUCAUGUUUUUUAAUUGACUAAACACUGAUUGAUUAACAUAUAAAAUUAAGAAUAACUCUUUAAACACUUUUAUUUUAGCGGGAGAUCUCUUACAUCGACUG